UCACGCCUCCAGACCAGUUUCCGCCCUUCUGAGAGAAAAUACUCCGCCUGCGAUUCAUCGACGACAGCAGGAAAGUUUAAAUAUAGCCUACAAAAAUAAUACAAAAGGAUUUGUUAACUUCUGCAUUAUCGCGGAUUCUACGCUGGAAAACCGGAUAGAGUCAGUAGUCAGGAGAUGGCUGAAAUGAGGAUGAGCUGAACUCGAGCUGGUACAGUUACGGUCCCUCCGCUGAAGGCUCGACGGCAUCAUCUAAUUCCUUAUCUAAGUGUUGUGCAAGCGUUGAUUUUGUUGCUGAACAACCAACCCUUCUAUACCAGCGAGUUUUCAUUAGUUUACUUUGCUAACGCUGCACUGGUGGUUUCUUGAGGAAUUACAACAGUUUCGCAAGUGAGAUCGUCACAGCUUCACCAUGGCUCGCGGCUGCCUCUGCUGUGUCAAAUACAUGCUGUUCCUCUUCAACCUGCUCUUCUGGUUGGGGGGCUGUGGUUUGUUGGGUGUGGGGGUGUGGUUGUCUGUGUCUCAGGGCAGCUUUGCCACCCUAUCACCAUCCUUUCCCUCCAUCUCUGCUGCCAACCUCAUCAUCACCCUGGGUGCUGUCAUCAUGGUUACAGGCUUCCUGGGUUGCCUGGGUGCCAUCAAGGAGAACAAGUGUCUGCUGCUGAGUUUUUUCAUCACGUUGUUGGUUAUUCUGUUGGCGGAGCUGAUCCUUCUCAUCCUGUUCUUCGUAUACACAGACAAUGUGAGUGAGAACGCCAGACAGGACCUGAAAGAGGGACUUGCUCUGUACAGCACCAACAACAACGCUGGCCUCCGCAACGCCUGGAACACCAUACAGACAGAGGUACGGUACCUAACUACUAAUGAUCUACCAUACAACUCCUGGAACACCAUACAGACAGAGUGGCAUUGUUGUGGGGUGAAUGGGUACACAGACUGGCACACUGCCCUGCAGGAGAAGGUGGUUCCUGACCACUGCUGCCAGAAUAUCUACCAGGACUGUGGGCGCAAUGCCACCAACCAGUUCUGGACACGGGGUUGCUAUGAGAAGGUGGAGGAGUGGCUGGAUGACAAUAAACACCUGCUGGGAACCAUCGCCAUGUGUGUUCUGGUCAUACAGCUCCUGGGUAUGGCCUUCUCCAUGACUUUGUACCAGCAGAUCCACCGAUCCGGGAAGAAGUACGAAGCUUAGAACACACACAGAGUUUGAGACCCAUUACUUUUAUACAAAAUUAUACUCUAAAAAGACACAAACCUGCGCACACACACGUUUAUAUUUCCACACCCUUGUAUCAUUUUGUGCACAAAGGCAAUUUUAAUGUUUUUUGAGGAUCAUCUUUAUCAUUUUAAUGUUCUUGGCCGGGAUUCAAUCCGACUGCGGGUUGUCAACAAUUAAUGUGAUCUCAUGGAUGGUAAAUGGGUCAUUCCACAAAUAAAGUGCCAAAAAUCAGCAUUUUGACAUUGUCCCGCGUUAUGUUUUUCUGACUUCUGGGAAAAUUUCAACCAACUUCAGCCCAAAAUUCCUCCAUGUUUAUACUCUUAAAAAGUUGAACUAGUUAUGUUGUUGCUUUGACAGUCAUUUCUGAAGAUUUGUAUUUAUUUCAUGCGAUUAAUUUGUCUGUCCCUCAUUUUAAGUCCAACCCUGUUACGUGAACAUAACUUUUUUUAAAUAUAUAUAUGGUGAAUCUAUUCCUUUUUAAGAAGUUUUUUUCUAACAAACAGUCAACUCAGUGUAAAGGAGGUGAACUGGUUCUACUCUUUUUGGCAAUUUUCUGGUGCUUUGUGCUUAAACUAAGCGUGUCAAUUAUAACGUCAUCCCUUUUACCCACCCAUUGGAAUUGUUAACAUUUCUAGCCAAUAGUUUUGUGAAGCUUGCAUUCAAGUGUCCAUUCUCCCUGUCACAAGGGGAUUUUUAUUUAACCGCUUAAUGUGACACCGCUUAUGUUAAAUUAAGUUUGUUUUGACCAAUUUACACUGCCCAUAAUGUUAGCAUUUUGUGGAAGGACCCAAAUGCUGCAUAUAGCUCAAUCGGAAAUUCCCUUUAAAAGCUGAAUUGUCGACAACCCGCAGUCGGAUUGAAUCCCGGCCCUAGUUCAGUUAUGGUGGGACUAAGGGUGGGUGAGGAAGGGAGGUUGGAUUGUGUGUAUGUGGGUGUAGGGACACCCCUCAGUCAUCCAGAAUAGAAUGAAUGGCUUGAACACAAAAAAAGAGUAGAGGGAAAGAGGUUUGGUUUCAUGCCUUAGAAAUCCUUAAACUGAUUAGUUAUAUUGUACGGAUGCAUUAUUGUAAAACCAGUUACUGGGAUGUGUUCAAUAAAAGUUACGCUUAUUCUGUCAAA